AUGUUUUUUCACCCUUCAGUGCUCGACCUGCACCGCAUCGGCUCCGCGGCCGUAUCUCACAACGUCCUGAACUCUGGCGUGGACUUCCUGAAGGCCGCCCUGGACCGUUGGGACGGCAACGCCUCCCUCGUCAGGAGCUUAGAUGCUUUUGACACGCACGUAGAUCUUGAUGAUGUUAUGAAAACCUUCAAGAAAGCUACGAAAAUUCACGACCAGCUUCUCGAGAAAAAGGGCUCUCGCUCCAAACAGCACAGCACACACGCCUCGCCUCUCAACAGGACGCUGGCGAGGAAGAAGAAGUACCACAAGAAAGAAGAGGUUCACCUGGGUAAGCUUGGGGCCGAAGCACAGGGUAUGAAGCAGUAUUUGCGUCUGUGUCGUGGCGAAGAUCUCAGGGUAAGUAACAGUCAUUCAGACGCACUCAAACACGCAAAAGAGGCUCAAAGAAAAUAACAAAAGUAGAGAGGGAAAUAUACACAAAAAAAUAAAUAAUAGAGAAAAAGAUAUAUAUACGAUUCGU